AGUUCGUUCACAAGCCGCGCUUUUUAAAAGGGUAGCAACGAUGUCGAAUAAGUUAUUAUUUGGUAAAGCUCUCACCUCAUACGACGAUGAAGAUAUUGAUGAAUUGUUGUCUAAGCUAACACCAGAGGAGCUGGAGCAGCUUAAUGAUGACUUUGAUCCCGACAAUUCACUGCUUCCUCCUUCACAGAGGUGUCGUGACCAAACUACCAAAACCCCAACUGGACCUUAUGAUCGUGAAAAAUUACUAAGAUAUCUCAUUGAAAAAGCCAAAGCCGAAAGAGAUUGGGAAGAAGCUGUGCCUUAUGAAAAAAAGAAAAGGGGAAAAGCCUAUACACCAAAACAAACUAUUUCACCGAGCACGCAAAACGAAUUAAUUGAAAUGGGUUUUGAUGUAGAGUUUGAUGAUGAUGUAAAUAAGGCUCUCGAAAAUGCUACUGAAGAUGAACUUGUUGAUUUGGCUGCUGUCCUGGGUUUUACUGGGAUGUUGAAUCAAGUACAGUUCCACGCUAGUUUAGAAGGACGUAAAUUGGAAAUGGGUGGAUUCUCUGGUGUGGCUAAAGCUGAACGUCCUAAAGUCGUGCCAGAUGAGCCACCUAAUAUGACAGAUGUAGAGGAUAGUAUAAAGAAAUUGGAAAAUAACAGCGAAGAACUAACUAAAUUAAAUUUAAACAAUAUCAAAACAAUAAGUGCUGAAGCAGUACAGCGCUUAUGUGCCGCUCUUACAAAGAAUAACCAGUUAACUGAACUGCAUAUGGCAGCAACACGUUUAACGAACGCAAUGGUUGAACCGUUCUUUGAUAUGUUGCAAAAAAAUACUGUAUUAAAAGUAUUAAAUUUGGAGUCGAACUUUUUGACUGGUGUUAUUCUCGUUCGUUUAUUGGAGUCAAUUAGCCAUGAAAAAAGUGGAAUAACCGAUUUGCAUUUAGCUAAUCAACGUCAAUCUGUGCUCGGUGUAAAAAUUGAACAAAAUUUGACCGAAUUAAUACUAGCCAAUCCACGUUUAGUUCGUCUGGGCUUAGAUUUAGAGACUAGCGAUGCACGUGUACGUACCAGGGAACAUGUCAAAUUUAAUUUAGAUCGUGUUUCUCGGCAACUACGGCGUAAUAAAAAUUAAAUUUUUACGUGAAUAUGUAAGUACGUUUGAACAUUGUACUGAUUUUCACUUUAAUUUGCCUUUAAUUUACCUACUUAUUUUUCCCAUCUAUUUUGCUUCUGUAAGCUACAGAAUUAGCCUAGUAUUAUUAAGUUGGUUUACAUGUGCACAUUUAUUUAUGUAUAUCCUGUUAUUAUUUUCAGUUUGGUCUGUUUAUGUUAGUCGAUUUCACUGUUGUAAUGUAUCUGUUAACAUAAUUUCAACAUGUAUAUCUGGCUUUGUUUGGUCAUCGUUACUAAUAUAUACUCAUAAUGAACACAUCGCCACAUUAUGAGUCCAAAAUAAUAAAAAUCAUCUCAGUUCUUAUAAUUGUUUCCUGCAUAUUCAUAAUCGAAAAAUAGCCAUUUCAAGGUAGUCAAGAGUUACACUUCCAUUUGAUUUUGCUUCUAAUAUGUUUGUAUCGUGAGUUGAAAUUUCGAAUGAUACGAUUGUCGUUGCUUAACAUCUUCCUAUAUUUUAUUUACUGUCUUCCAUUUGGUUACAUGCAUUCUGUAUUUAAAUACAAGUAAAUUAGUCAAAUUUAAUAUGCAAUUAAUCAAUUUUGUUUGUAUUCACUUUUAUUUGUAAUUGUAUUGGAUAGUUGGAUAUCCGGUGACAACUGCUAAAAAGCACAAAAUAACUGUUGGCUAUUUCUCCAACUUCUCGGGGCUGUAUACCUUUAUAUCUAAGUUGUUUUAGUGUCAUGUUGCGACUGACAAAGCCGUUCUGUUUUAUGUUUCAACGUUAGAUGGACUCUGGGUUAUAUGAGAUCGAAUCCGACAGGGAGCAUCAGUUCCCUCAAAAUUACAGGUACAUCUUGCUGAUGGGUACCAAAUAGCAUUAAACCUUGGUUCGGGGUAUAUUUGCUAGAUAAGGUAGUGUAGAGCCUUUAUAUAUUUGCUUUCGUGCAUGGAUUAUAAUGUAUUGACAUCAUGUUGUACCAGUAUACAAUGAGAAAGAUAUGGAUGGUUAGUAUCUGGUAAGAUAACACCUGCCAGGAGUUUGCAAGAUUUUAGUUGUCUAUCCGCAACCAUAAGUUGUACAAUCGUGUAUAUAUGAAAAUUUUUUUUUGUAAAAGUACUAAUUCCGUGAGGAAAUGUGAACACAGUUAAUAAAAAAAAGGGUUAUAAUACUAGAUUACGUAAUAUGAAUAAUAACAAUAACAAUAGAUUUAGUGAAUAUAAUAAGAUGAUUAAAAUGAUUCAAAUGUUAUUGUCAUAAUAAUUAAAGGUCAUUGAGUUGUAAAAAUAAAUAUGGUGAUAUGAUGAAUAUUCACGAAUAAAACAAUGAGAAUAUAAGACAUAAGUAAAGGGGAGAAUGCAGUAAUAAUACUAAUAAUAAUAAUAAUAAUAAUAAUAAUAAUAAUAAUAAUAAUAAUAAU